CUCUCGCUAUCAACAACGUUAACAGAAAACCAUUGACAGCCCGCAAGCCCUCCCGUAACGUCAGAGUUGACGCUUAUCACAUCUGCAGUCCCUCCCUUCACAUUUCUCCUUCUCUAGCUGGAACCCAUACAGAACAAUUGCCAUGGCUACUUCGCAAGGUGUCAACGUACUACGUUACUCCGCCCUUGGCGCAGGCAUUGUAUACGGCCUCUUCCACCAAUCGUCCCUCACUUCACAAGCCAAGCAAGCGCAGAUAGAUCGCGAAUACAGCCGCAAGGAAUCAUUGAUUGAGCAAGCGCGGGCAGAAUACGCAAAGAAGAAUGCGCCAGCAGAAGUUAAAACGACGAGUAGUGGAGUCAUAACCGACCCGGAAGAUAAAAGAUUCGACCUUGAAGCGUUCAUAAAUAUGAAAUUUGCCGAAAUGGCGAAAUAACACACCAAAAUAACUCGAACGCGGAGGUGGAGGACUUGUGAGGGAGGCAUUGUCGACGAAAUAACUCGAUGAAGAUCCAUGUUCCGCAGCACUCAACAGCACAAAGGGAGCAGCUCAAACUCCUUAGAAAAACUUCCGAGUAAAAAGGACAUGAGCGAGCGCCAUAUAUAUCCGAACAAGCUGUGUGUUUGGGGAAUAUCUAUUUUGUAUUACUUAUAGCGUAUAACUAAGCUCCGUUUCCUUUUGUUUGCAGAAAAAGCGAUAAAAAGGUAGUCAUCGGAUUUUUUUUUUUUUUUUUACUCUGUUCUUAUCUUGUACAUGUACAUAUCCUAGAUGGCGACUUAAAUUCUAUCCA